AUGGCGCACAAGACUUCUGCCGUUGCCGACGAGCCCAUUGAGGUGCUCUUCUGUCUGCAGGACAAGUUCAACCUGAUGGACUUCAGCGGCGCUGCCGAGGUCUUCACCACCGCGCUCCAUGAGAUCAAGGAUAAGUCCUCCAAGGCCUUUGAGAUUUCCAUCGCUUCCGAGGAACCCAAGGUCAUGUCUGAGGAAGGCAUUGUCGUUGGCGGCCAGCUGUCCUACAAAGAGGCCUAUGAGAACCUCAAAGACUACGAUACCAUCGUCAUCGUUGGCGGCAACUCGGAAACCGUUCUUAAGGAGAAGAAGGAGCCCCUCAACAUCAUCACUGCUUUUGCCGAACUCCAGAAGUCCGACCCCGGCCGCGAGAGGACCCUUCUGUCUAUCUGCACCGGUUCCCUCUUCCUCGCCCAGCAGGGCAUCCUGACUGGCCUUUCGGCCACCACCCACCCCGACUACCUCACCCGAUUUGAGAACCUCUGCAGCCAGGCUGCCACACGCGAGCUCGCUGAGCGCACCGACGUGGACGAGGAUGCCAGAUAUGUCGUCAACAAUCUGCGCUUCGACCUUGGCGACGAGGAUGAGAACCCAUACGUCCGCCGCAAGUCGGAUGCUCGCCGUCCUUCCAAUGCUAGGAAGGGAAGCAUGUCUCUCAAGGGCUCUUCACGUCGCGAGUCCAUCGCCCGCCGCGCCGCGAUGCGCCUAGGAGGGCUUCGGGUCAUCACGGCUGGGGGAGUGAGCGCUGGCGUGGAUGCAGCUUUGUAUCUCGUCAGCGCUCUCGUUUCGGAGGAGUCGGCCGAGGAGGUGGCCAGGCAGAUGCAGUGGACCUGGGUUAAGGGCGUUGUGGUCGAUGGUCUUGAUGUUUAG